UGUUGCGACUCGAUGUUGCAGUAGAAAUCUUUGGUUAUCGCGAAAAAUGGUUGUCGCCAAAACGAGAAAUGGAAUUACUAGAAUUACAAAUUGUUCAGCAAAACCGUAUCAGUCGUGAAAAAAUCAAUGUAUUUACUGAAAUAAUUCUUAAGAAUAAGUUACAUUUUGGAGUAAAUAAACAUGUUGUCUUCCUGGACAGUCUUAGCUACGGCAACAGUGUGGACAGCUCUAUAUCACGGAAUAAGAUAUCAGUUUAAAUUGGACCCUGAAUGGUCAUGUAGGUUACUAACAGCGUUCCAUGCUACGCUUGUGACAGUGCUUGCCGUUCUGGCAUGCUUCCUUGGACCGUGGCCCUUCACGGACCCUGGUGGUCCCAACACAACUUUACAAUGCAUUGUACUUGUUACAAGUCUUGGCUAUUUUAUAUUUGACUUCAUAUGGUGCCUUUAUCAUCAGACAGAAGGUGCUACCAUGCUUAUUCAUCAUGCAGUAAGCAUCAUUGCAAUUAGCCGAGUACUAAUGAAAGGUGUGUCUGGCACUGAAGCUGUGGCGGGGGUUGGUGGAUUGGAAAUUACUAAUCCUUUGCUUCAGGCAAGAUGGUUUCUUCGUUCUUCUGGUUACAAAGUUGCGGCAACAAAAAUAUAAAUAUCAGCAACAAAAGUAUGCUAUUAAUGAAAUGACUAUUGAUCGCAGCGACUGACUAAGUCGUGACCAAAACAUAAGUGCACAGACAAAAGAAAUCCUUCAGGAGAAAGCAGUUGCAAGAUUCAGCAUAUAACAACUUGUUUCACGCCAUCGUGGUCCUUGUUAAAAGUGAGUUAAUGUUUGUCUGUGGUAUUGAUGUCUGUAAUAUUAGCAGAGUAGAAGCAGGAAAGAUAGUGCAGGCAAAGUCUUUAUAUGCAAUAGAGGAAGAUCACCAUGACAGUCAAUAUCUGAAAAAACCACUUGGAAGAAAUGAAAUAAAGAGAACAUUUUUAAAAUGAUAAGGAAAGACUGAGGGGCUACAGGACAAUCGAGAAAUAUAAUAUAUAUUAGCCAUCCUGUAGCCUGACAAUCCUAACUUAUCAUUUUAUGUAUUUAUGCCCUAUUACAUAUCUACCAUAAUGGCAGCUCCAUAACAAUGUUCUGUGUAUUGCCAUUUGCUUGAAAACUUCAAUUAAACCAUGUAACUAUUUUUGAAAGUGUAAUAAUACUUUUUUAUUUAUAAGAUAUAUUUUACGACAGACAGGAAUAAAUCACAGUAUGUUGUUAAAAUUAAAUCUCUUGUAAAUUAUAAGCAUUUUGCCAUAUUCUUCACUGAGGAAGUGUAUUAUAAUUGUAAAACUGAUCCGUUUCACAUCAUAUAGAGGGGUCUCAAUUAUGAUCCACGGGCCACGCAAUUAAGUGGUAUAUAAAAAAUAAAUAAAAAAAAUUAUAGAUGCCAGUGUGGCAUGCACUUAUUCAGGAGGUUGUAAAUUAAUUUUUAGUUACAUCCACAAGAGCAAGCAACCAAAAUAUGACUUGCACGAAAUUAUGAGUUUGAAGUUAUCUGUCACUUUAACUCUGAUAGCUUUGGAAAGGUGAGUCUGGAAACAAUGGAACCAACUCCUGACCCCCACAUACAGAGGCAAGGGAAAGAAAUGGUGUCCAGGAAAAGUGCUCUACCUUUUCACAAAAGCAAGCACCAUACUUAUGCUCAUGAUUAAAACUAAAAUCUCUUAAUACAGUGAAAUUUCAAUAAAUUUAUGUAUUGCUACAAAUUAUGGAUCGAUUCUCAAAACAUAUAUGUGUUGGUAAUUAAAAGACGAUACAUAAUAAACUUAUAACACAACAAUGGCUAUUACAAUGCUAAUGAAUGUAGUACUGUCUGAUGAUAUGCUGACCUGAAGUAUACAGAAGUUCAUUUUACAGUUGUUUCAGAAUGUGUAAUGCCAGAUUUCAAAAUAAAGUGCUUGGAUAAGACAGAGCAGUCUAAGUUAUGUAUAGAACUGUCAUCAUUUUGUUUCACCAUUCGGGUAGAUCUACAAGCUGUUGUCACAGUGCCAUAUACAGAAGUUGAUUUGGUGCAAGCUUUACUCUCUUUAUUUCAGUCCACUUUAAGUGAAUUAGUCACAGCAUUUUGGUGACAUUCUGUUGGAUAAUUGGUGCUAUGUCAUUCCAAACGGGAAAGUUCUGUUAACCCUUUAAUUGCUCUGGACGUGUUAACUCAUGCGCCUUUGCACCUGUCCCUGUAUUCUCUGAACGUGUUUACGCUCGCCACCAGUCCUUCUACCUGGUACUCUGAAUGUGUCUACGCAUAGACACUUUCGGAGUACCAGGUAGAUGGACUGGUGGCAUGCGUGAAAUGUUCAGAGCACACAGAGGAACUAGUACAAAGGCACGCACCUUAACACAUCCAUAGCAGUUAAAGGGUUAAAUAUUAGGUAUUGAAAACAUUCACAUGCUGAAGUUCCAUUUUCUAUAUGGAUUUGUACUACCUAAAUUCUCUCUCUCUCUCUCUCUCUCUCUCUCUCUAUCUGAGUUUGCAAAACAAAAUGGUGUAUGGGAUUGUGCAUACUGUACAAACAGAUGAAAGGUUACAGAAGACCUUAAAACAUUCCAAAUGCUAACUAUAAAUUCAAUAAUCAUAAUUUAGAUGGUCAAGGCUUAAAUAAUUCCUAUGAUUCUCUGCAUUCACUAGUGCAUCGUGAAAGAUAUAUGCUGUUUUAUCACAGCUGUGAACUAUUUAUACCAUUCUGUUGGUCAACUCUGUGUGCAAUAAAUUUAUCAUCCUAUUUGACACUGAUGUUCAUAAUGAUAUAUAAAGUUCUAGGUUCUUUAUUUAUUCUUCUUCCUAACAACUUCCUGUAUCCCAGUCUCCUCUGCUGCUACAAGUUUUACUGCCCCAAUGACCACUUUUCACACAGAUAUUGGGUGAAUGUUAAACUUUAUGUACCACACCUGUUCCUGGCAUUACUUUCUUUUUAUUUUUCAACAUUACACUUAGCUUAUCUAAACCCCCAUCAUAAGUAAUACAACACUAGUUCUGCAGGCAUUUUUGUUGUUGUUUGAACAUUUUUAAUGUACAGGCUUCAAAAUGACCCGCUCUCAUAUUUUAUGUAAGGCACAGUUUAUCAUGACAGACAAUGUGUUGACAAUAAUCCCCUGGCCUCAUAAGGCAUUAAGGAAGUUUUAAAAAGAGUGUUGCAUUUCGAUGGUAACAAUGCAAUGGUUGGUAGGUUGAUUUGGGGAAGGGGACCAACCGAUGAGGUCAUCAGUCCCAUUGGAUUAGGGAAGGACGAUGAAGGAAGUCAGUCAUGCCUUUUUAGAGGAAGUAUCCCAGCAUUUGCCUGAGCGAUUUUGUGAAAUCAUAAAAAACCUAACUCAGGAUGGCCGGACAUGAGUUUGCACCUUUGUCCUCCCAAAUGUGAAGAGGAGUAUGAACACGGAGGACAUACGGAUUGUGAUUCCCCAGGGAGAUUCAGAAAUGGACAAAGAAAACAGUGAGAAUGACAUGCAAGCACCUGUGAGGGAAAAAAAAUUAAUUACUGUAUAUGCUGACAACAUAGAGAAUAUGCUUCAAAUCUUACAACGUUUUCGAAAAAUUGAUGCACUGCAAAAAUGGCAAGUCUUACAGAUAAUUAUUUGUUGAAUCUCACUGUUCAGUAUACAGAUCAGUAUAUUCAGAGCAUAACUGAUUCAUUUCAACAUGACUGUGGUGCAACAACAAUACAUGUCACUGAACUGAAGGCAUUAAUUAGUCCUUUAGCUUUAAUUGAGGUAAGCAAAAGAAACACAAAACUCUUGAAGAUCUGUGGGGAAUCAAUGAGGGAAGGAACUGAAAAAUUCAUCCUUGUGAUGGACAUAAAGUGCUUCAGAUUCAUCAUGCAAUGCCUCCAAUUUGAUAAUCUUGGCAUUCAUCAAAAAAAGAAGAGAAAUGGACAAGGUUACAGAGACAUACAAAAUAUUUUACUUGUUUGUAUGGAAUUGUCCAAUUGUAUAUUGCACAGCAAUAUGUUACAGCAGACAAGGAACUGGAACAAUUUUACGGUAUACUGAUAAUUUUUAUUUAUGGACUGACUGACAGCAACUGAAUAAAACACAAUUUUAGUGCCAUACGCGUUUCGCCUUUAUUUUCUGCAACGCAUCAUCAGUGGCCUGGAAUAUGUUCAUACGUUAGCUAUUUAAUUUACAUUUUUGUCAUGGUGCCUAUAGGUUAUAAACAGUUCUGGUGGUUGGUAUUUCCUAUUAAGUAGUAAUGUUUUGAACUAUACUUACAGGUUGCGUGGACAAUUUCUUACAUAUUACGCUCCUGUUGCAUUUUUGGUGUUGUUGUUCUUCUUAUGAAUGCCAAUUUGCAGUUUUUUCCCACAUACCACAGCACUAUGAACUGAACGCUUGUUUCAAUGCAAUGUUUCGGUUUCUGUUGCCGACUGUCAAAUGUUUUUACCAAAGACUGAAUGUUACUGCCAAACUUUUGAGUGUAAUUAUUGAAGUAUCUGUGAUGUGUUCAUAUAUGCAUUUGUGUGUGUGUGUGUUUUGGUGAUAUAAUUUUUUGUACUGUGUGUGUUUUUUUUUGUGGCUGUGUGUGUGUGUGUGUGUGUGUGUGUGUGUGUGUGUGUGUGUGUCUCCGUCCGUCCGUCUGGAUGGAGUGGGGAAGAGUUUUUUUGUUUUAUGUCAUCAUCUCCUUUAUUAAGUGUAGUAGGGAGCCUGUGCUGAUGUGUGUUUGUUAAUUUAUCACAUGUUUGUUUUCUGCUAUGGCUUUCUGGAUGUGGAAGUUUUCUUGCGUUUGUAUAAGAUGUUUGUCAUGGUUGCUUAUUCUCAUUAUUUUCAUUUCUUGUUCCAUGUUUGUAGGAUGAUGGUUAUUGUGUUUUAAGUGCUCUGCAAAUGUGGAAUGGUUUGUUCCAUACUUCCAACAUCUGAUAUGUUCUUUGUAUCUUGUUUCAAAAUUACUGCAUGUCAUGCCUAUGUGUACUGCAUGUCAUGCCUACGUAUACUGCAUCACAACUUUGACAUUAAAGUUUAUAUAUUCCUGAUUGUUGGAAUUUGUCCCUCUUGGUAGCUGGCUAUUUUGAAGCCCUGUCUCUUUAGGAUGUUUGCAACUCUGUGUGUUAAUUUAUGUGUGUAGGUCAUGGUGUACCUUCUGGUUCUUUUCUAUGUGGUGUUGUCAUUGUGUGUGUUUGUAAGUUUUCAGUUUGUGAGUUCUUUAGUAUUCUGGAAAUGUUGUGUUUGUUUUGUAUUUGUGUUUUUACUUUUUGAUUGAGCCUGUUUACCACAUGUGUGUCAUACCUGUUGUUCCUAGCUAUUUGUAUGUUUGUACUCAUUUCUUGUUCAUAGUUUCUCUUGCUGAGUGGGAUUCUGUUUAAUCUAUGUAACAUGUGUCUUAGUGCUGCAAGUUUCUGGCUGUGGGGGUUGUUGGAUGUGGAAUGUAUUACUGUGUCUGUGGCUGUUGGUUUUCUAAAGAUGUUAAAUGUAUGUUUGCCAUUUUCUUUUUUUAUUGUAAUGUCAAGAAAAUUUAUCUGAUUUUCUUUUUCAAGUGUGAAUUUUAUGUUCUGAUGAGCUUUGUUUAUUUCUGAAUGGAGUUCAUCUAUUUUUUCACUUGGCUCAUCUACCAGACAAAUAAUGUCAUCCACAAUAUAUGAUUUUGAAACUUUCAUUAGUGGUUAUCUUUUCAAAUAUCUGAUUUUCUAGGUGAUUGAUGAAAAUGUUUGCUAGUGUUCCUGAUAUUGGGGAUCCCAUGGGCAGCCCAUCUUUUUGUAAAUAAUAUUCUUUCUCAAACUGAAAGUAGUUUUGUUCAGUUGUCAAGCUGAGCAUAUCUGUUAUUUCUUUUAUUGCAUCUGUGGUGAGGUUGCUGUGGGAUGAGAGAUUUUGUUCUAUGAUUUCUAUUGUUUGAAGAUGUCAAAACUGGAACAAUGUUAUUGAAAAGUCAGCUUUCAAAGAUGGGGUCCCAUCAAACAAAACAAAAAAAGCAUUGACAUCUUCGUCUAGUGGAUUCAAGACUGCUGCACAUGUUGGUUUGGAAAUAAACCCUGGGUUGUAGCCUGUGGAUUGCACUGAACAGCAAUAAAUUCUUAGGUGUUGUUCUGAAACUGCAAGAGCUCUCUUAUAUACUCUAAGACAGAAAAAAAUAAUGCACCAUGAAGGAAUUAUCCAAAUUGUAUGGAAAUUGGUAGAUGUGAAGAUUGCUUUGGACCAUCUCAGGCAUUUAUGCAAGCAGCUAUUCAGCUUAGCACUGAUUAACAGAGUUUUUAGAUGUCCACUUGAGGGCUACUGUGCCAAAUUCUGCCCAAUUAACACAUCAGAUCAUCAAAAUCCUGAGCUGGUUGGAGGGACAUGUCCGUAAUGCUCCAAAUGUUCUCAAUUGGGGAGAGAUUCGAUGAACUUGCUGGCCAAAACAGGAUUUGCCAAGCAGGAAGACAAGUAAUAGAAACUCUCUCUGUGCACCUAGGCAUUACCCUGCUGAAAUAUAAGCCAUGUUUCCAUUAAGAACAGUAAAACUGGGUGUAGAAUCAUGAUAUUGGGGCUCAAUUUGAAACAAGACUCAUCACUGAACACAAUUCUGCUCCAGUCAAUGAGCAAACAAGCUUUUUAAUUCUGCUCCAGUCAAUGAGCAAACAAGCUUUUUGGCUUCAAAGGUAAAUGGCAGUUGGCAUAAGGGGUGCCAUGAACUCAGCCUCUUUCUGUGAGCUGCCUAUUAAUGACCCUUCUGAUCACUGAAGCACCAAUUGGAUUGACGAUAAUAAUGAAUCCAGGGCUCUGAGUGCCUCUCUGAUCACUGCUCAGACCUCACAUUCUGUUGUCUCUCAAGGUCAACCGGUUUCUUAUUGACACUGUGUUUGGCCAUGGAUCACUGACUUCUACCAACAAUGCUGAAUAUCAAUUUGUAAUCAAUUUGUGCAUAUCUUCUUCAUGGUGCAUAUCUCUCUCUCUCUCUCUCUCUCUCUCUCUCUCUCAAUCUUGUUCUAAAAUUGAUAUGAGACAGUUGAUAACGAGACAAUUCUCUUCUUAUUACUCUGCUGUGUUUUGAAGCUGUUACUUGUUUGUCAAUAAUAUGUCAUAAAUAUGCAGUUGUUGAAUAAACUUUGGUGAUAAUAAUAGAAACCUGUUUAUUAGCUAUUCAAAGGAUACUUGGUGAUUUCCACACUCCUUAAAUGUGUGAAAUGACUUGAAUGUUGCACUUUCUGCCCAACUUAGGCUUUCAUCAAAAUGCCAAACUUUUACAAAGACACUACGACAGAGUAAUAUUAUGUUUUUAAAAUUGUCACUAGUUAGACUAUGUGGCCAGCCCAUAUCUGUUUCAUCUGACUUAUCUCUGUUAUUCAAUAAUUUGGGUGACAGUAUGCAAACAGUGCUGGUACACACAUUAGGUUAAGGUCAUACGUGCAGGUUAGAUAGAAAAUGUAUUAAUACACAAUGGAUCAACAAGUCUAUAUGGGUAACAGUCAUUGGAAAAUGACUGAAAAGUCAUUU